AUGGGCGCUAAUCUUGCUCUUUUACAGUUCCUUAGCUCAGUUCUCUCGUCAAUUGAGACGGGUGAUCCUAUUCCCACCGCCCCUCCUGCAGGCCGGAACCCUGCACCUGGGCCUGCAUCUUCUGUUUCCAAAGCCAACUCGACUUCUUCCUCAACGACACAAACCAACCAACGCCCUACAAAUGGGCAAAAGCGUCGAGCGGAGGAUGAUGUUCGCCCCACAGGAAAGCCCAAUAAGGUUUCCAGGUCUUCUUCUCCCCAACGACCAACUUCUCAAAAACCGACUCCAACUUCGUCGGUGGCUGCAAGAGCCCUCUCUGUCUCAAAACCAGAGGCACCGAAGUUACCUACGAGAACCCCAUCCACAAGCACAUCCAAAAAUGCGGGGCUACCUAGUGCUACCCCAGCUAAGCCACCUCCCAAAGGAUCAUAUGCGGAAAUGAUGCUUCGGGCCAAGGCUCUCCAAGAAAAAGCUCCAACACAGCUUGGCAUAAUUAAGCACCAUUCGGUAUCCAAGGAGAAGCAGCUUCAACAGAAACGUAAGGCAAUGGAAGCAAAGCAGAAAGGAGUUGAGGGGCAAAAAGGCGCUGAAGGGGUAAAGAACAAAAUAAAUGAAAGCUCAGCCACUAAGUCCUCGAAUACCAAUGGACAACAAACACAAAGAUCGAGUGCAGCAAGGGCUGCUCUGUUGAAAAGCCGUGGUGAAUCGGAAUACAAAGGAACCGCUCGUCCUCCACCUACUCCCUCAGCUCAAGAGUAUAAAGGCACAUCUGGCCUUCCCAGCCGUCGUGCGUCUAAUAAUGUCAGAGCAAAUGGUUGGGGUAAGAAAAAGGCUCCCCAUAAGCCCGUUCGGGAUGAAUAUUUGGGCACGGAUGAAGAAGAUGAAGGUGAAUUUUACGACGAUUACGAUGAAAGAGACUAUUAUUCCGACGAAUCAACGGAUAUGGAAGCUGGCCUGAUGGAUGUUGAGGAAGAAGAGCAGCGUGCCCUUAGAGUAGCCAAGCUCGAGGAUGAGAAAGAACUACAAGCUGAACUGGCCGCCAAAAGGGAAAAAAUGGAACGGAAGAAGAAGCUUGCUGCUCUGACUAAAUCUCGCCGUUGA